UGGAAGCUUUCCCAGAGGACCUUUCAGUCGUUGUUUUGAGCAAAAUUCUUCUCGAAUUUGGCUAGUUUUUCGAUUGUAAAAAGCGAUUUAUUCUUCGUUUCGCAUUCGCUAGCAUUUAAAAAUGGCGGCGAGGUAUUUAUCUCCCGAGGAAGUGUUUAGAAGAGUCCUGAAUGACGAUUCUGACGGGGAUUAUUCUGAUGAAAGCGAAGCAGAACUUUCGGAAGAAGAUGACAACAAUGGCAGAUCAGAACACGAGGAAAGUGAAGAAGACGAAAGCGACGAAUUGCUUCCUGACGAAGCAAAUAGCGAAGAAUCUGACAUUUGUGGUAACCGUGACAGAAGUCCUAUUCGACCAGAAAGACAAGCUGGAAGGGGAAGAGGAAGGGGUAGAGGAAGAGGAGCAAGAAGGGGAGCAAGAUCCGGUCCAGCAAGACGACGUCAAGACCCCGCUGAGCCAAACAUUGACUGGUCUGACCAGUAUAGUCCAGUGCAGAUCCCUGACUUUGGAGAACCACAUCCAGGUCCAACAAGAAGAUUUCCGAAUGUGAACACUGCUCGCGAACGAGACUUCUUUGAUCUGCUAUUCACUAAUGAUAUAUGGGAAAUCUUGGUUCAAGAGACCAAUAGGUACUACGAUCAGCAGAAGGCAACUGACCCUGGCAAGCAUAAAAGACCCUGGGCUCCUGUCACGAGAGAUGAAAUGGAGGCCUUCAUUGGUAUUAUUAUUCUGAUGGGAAUAGUCAAGUUGCCCCGUUUCGAAAUGUAUUGGAGCCAGGAUAAACUAAUCCACCAGGAAAGCAUUGCCAACAUCAUGUCUCAAACAAGAUUCCUUCAAAUAUGGAGAUACUUUCAUUUAGCUGACAAUGCAGUAGCCAUCCCUAGGGGUACUGAUGGUUUUGACAAAAUCUACCGGGUGAGAAAUUUCCUUAACAUUAUACUUAUAAAUAUUCGAGACGAGUAUAGACUAGGCAUGAAUAUUGCUAUUGACGAGACAAUGGUACCCCACAAGGGAAAGUUGGCUUUCAAGCAGUACAUAAAAAAUAAGCCAACUAAGUGGGGCAUGAAGUUGUGGGUCCUGAGCGAGGCAACUACAGGCUAUGUUUAUAGAUUUCAAGUAUAUCUGGGGAAAGAACAUGGCCAGCAACCCGAAAAACACUUAGCUAGAAGAGUGGUACGAGAUCUGACAGUAACAGAAACAGGGAAAAAUCACCNGCUUAAAGUCCCUAAAAACGUAUUUCCGCGGUGUCUCUUAGUCCCAGCAUUGUUGAGCUGCAAGUUAAAGACGUUUAGAAUGGAUACCAGCAGAGGCUGGCGUAUCCAUGGCGAGCGGAAAUAUUCCUUGGAGAGAGCAGCUAAAGCCUGCAGCCGCACUGAAAACCGCAUUGGUGAGUGGGCUCCUUGA